UCCAUGCUUGGGCACUGGUGGUAGAUUGGAACAGUGAGUAGAGCCCUUGGCUUAGAUGCAAAAGAUCCAGUUCCAGCAUCAGUUUUAAGUGUUUGUCAGCCAUGUGACAUUGGUCAAGUCACUUCCCCUCUCUGAAACUUGUCUCAAAUAGGGAUAAUCUCUGCCCACUUGACUUGCCUCCUCCCGCAAAGAUUCAGGCAUCAGUAUUAUAGCCUCACCUUGGAGGGGACAUGUGGCUGCUGGAACAGAACCUCUGCUUCCAAUCCACUGCUGUGUAACUUGGGCAGGUAAAUUGUGUCUCAAUAAAGUGCUGGGGAGAAAGCAAUGAAGCACUGACAUACGCUACACCAAGGAUGAACCUCGAAAACAUCAUGCUGAGUGAAAGAAGCCAGACACAAAAGGCCGCACAGUCUUAUUGUCUUCGGAGAUGAUAACACCCUCGUUGCGCGGGAGUAAAGUUUUAAAGGUAAAACAAACAGGAAACGAGCGUCGGCGGCGAAUCUGCUGCUACCAAUGUAAAGGUCAGGCCGAGGCCGGCGCGGAGAAUCUGCCGUCGCCUGCAGCUGCUCGCCUGUCUCCGUCGGAAGGGAGCCUAAGCUUUGCUGAGAACAUGAACGAUUGGAUGCCCAUCGCCAAGGAGUAUGAUCCACUCAAAGCGGGCAGCAUUGAUGGCACCGAUGAAGACCCACACGACCGCGCGGUCUGGAGGGCAAUGCUGGCACGAUAUGUCCCCAACAAAGGUGUCAUAGGAGAUCCCCUCCUCACCCUGUUUGUGGCCAGACUAAACUUGCAGACCAAGGAGGACAAAUUAAAGGAAGUCUUUUCCCGCUAUGGUGACAUCCGGCGGCUUCGGCUGGUCAGGGACUUGGUCACAGGCUUUUCAAAGGGCUACGCCUUCAUCGAAUACAAGGAGGAGCGUGCCGUGAUCAAAGCUUACCGAGAUGCUGAUGGCCUGGUUAUUGACCAGCAUGAGAUAUUUGUGGACUACGAGCUGGAAAGGACUCUCAAAGGGUGGAUCCCUCGGCGACUUGGAGGCGGUCUUGGGGGAAAAAAGGAGUCUGGGCAACUGAGAUUUGGGGGACGGGACCGGCCUUUUCGAAAACCUAUUAACUUGCCAGUCGUUAAAAACGACCUCUAUAGAGAGGGAAAACGGGAAAGGCGGGAGCGAUCUCGAUCCCGAGAAAGACACUGGGACUCGAGGACAAGGGAUCGAGACCAUGACAGGGGCCGGGAGAAGAGAUGGCAAGAAAGAGAGCCGACCAGGGUGUGGCCCGACAAUGACUGGGAGAGAGAGAGGGACUUCAGAGAUGACAGGAUCAAGGGGAGGGAGAAGAAGGAAAGAGGCAAGUAGAGGCCCAACAGCAGACCCCAAAGUGAAGUUACAGUGGAAAUGAGUGGAGGGGGAUUGUCUUUCAACGCAGCGUGAGUCUAAUGGUUGAAUAAAACUUACUGAUGAUCA